AUGGCUAGUUCAAUCGCUGACAACGCUACCUUAUACAACGAGAAGAAGGCUUUUACAUAUGUGCCACCAUCACCUCCGGCUGAACUCAUCGAGUCUACAUCCUACACGAUAGACUUUACAGYUAGAAAAUUUAUAAUUGCCGGUAUCGAUCCAACAGAUCAACUUCAAACAGUUGUUAUUUUAUUAACAUCGUCACGUUAUGUGAAAAUUAGUAUARAUUUUCUAAGACGGAUAUUCUCGCUUAUGGGUAACGUACUAUCUUUUAUAUUAGACACUCCACAAAACUAUAAGCGAACCACAUUUCUCGAAACCGAUGCUUAUAAAAUAUCGAGUAUGGUGUAUAACGGUUCAAACKUUCUGGUAAUUGAAUCCAAGACUGAARACGGGUGUAGAGUUUUAUUAAGUCGUUCAGAUUUAAUAAAACUCCRGGAAUUAGAAUGGUGUAUUACUGCUAGUAUUAAAGAAAAAGAAGAAAAAAUAAAACCCGAAAUUAUUAAGCAAAUUAGUGAUUAUUGCGAGUAUUUGAGGGAGAAAUGCUUGCAAUCGGAUUCACCGCCCAACAAUUUGAGGGAAAUGGAAAUUUUCAUUCGGAACGUUGAAGUCAGACAGAAUAUGACUGCACCUCACCUCAGCCAAAUUAAAAUGUUUGCGACUGCUCAUUUAGCCAAACUUUGCAUGGAAACCGGAGCACACUAA